AUGGCGGAGAUCUCUUCGGCCGGAGAACCAGCGGCCCCAGCGCCUGCUCCCUUGGGUGCAGGCGCCGGCGAGGGAGGCGACGGGAACUUCGGCUCCAGCUCCAUCCGCCCCACCAUGCCUGGAACUAAACGCCUCCUUCUCACGCUCUCCGUCCUCGUCUCCUUCCUCCUGGGUAGACUCGUGCAGCCCCCUCCCUUGCUCCUUUUUCCUCUGCCUCCAUCUCUCUCUUUCUCUCUCUCUCUCGAUCUCUGUGCGUCUAAGCUGCUUUGCUUUUCCCGUCCCCAGGACUGCCGCUCCUGCUCAAUUCCACCGCGAUCUACCGGUCGCCCCUUCCCUUCAGUUCGAUUGAUUCUCUCUCGAGCCAAGUGAGGUCCCAGCCGCCCGUUCUCCCUUGCCGUUUCCAGGCCGUCUUCCUCCGCCCUGGCGGUGAUCAUGCCGGAAAGGCAGAUGCCGAGAGACUGCAGAGUUUGAUCUCGGAGGAGCUGCGGAAAACCGCCGGAAGUGUUCAGGGUCCGUCGUGCGGCAGUUGCGUGGGGAAUUACAGCGUUUCGGUUAUCAUUGAUUCCGGCAAGAGUUGCGUCAGGACAGGGGACAGUGGGGACGGGUGCCUCUGGCAGUGCGGCGCGGCUAUCGCUUCUGCUUUGACUGGUGAAGAUGAAAAUGUUGACGAGCUUCUGGAGUCUGUCCUAGGAAGAGGAAGCUUGUGUUCUUCAGCAAUCGGUGGAAGGAUCUAUACCGCUGUUGUGGGGAGCGAUAAUAAUGGCGAUGCCAGAGUUCUGGUGGGAAAGCAUCGGCAUGCUUGGAUCACAGGGAGUAUCUCAGAAAUGAACGCCGUCACCGUGAUAGGGAAUAUCUUCGUGAAGCUUUUCAUGAAUGGUGGGAAGGUGGAGGAAACCGGUCAGGGAAAAGGAGAUUUCAUGCCUGUGGGUUCUGAUGGGAGUCUUGUCCUCUCCUUCAGCCUCUUGAAUGCCAAUCCUAAUGACUGGGUUUAUGACUGGUGAGGGAAAUGAUAUGAUGCCGUCUGAGUUAUCUAAAUCUUAAUGCUUUUACAGUUAAUCUACAUUGCGUAGGUGGACGAUCUUACCCCGAGAAAUGAUUUUACCAAAGCCAUUACUGGCUUAUUAUGAUACUUAUGCCAUUUUUGCGGCAGAAAAUAAUUUUUACCAAAAAUCUCUCCUGAAUAUCUUCAACUCAUAUUCCUUUCUGCAGGGACUUUCAACAAAUAGAUGACGUUUUGCUGGGUCCGGUUGUGGAGGCAUUGUCACCUAUAGCGAGCAUAAGUGUGGAAAGUCAGGUAGAUAUUUUAUUUGCCACAUUAAAUCUGGUUGUUGGAAGUCGACUUAUACACAAGAUUUUUUCUAUUUUCAUGUUAAAAAUGAUAUAACUUUGUUCUGCUUAUGCUUCAUUGUUCCAUGUUUACAGGUUCUGCAUCACACUCCAAAAUCAUCAUUUUCUUCUUGGGACGAGAAGUUGGGGAGCUAUAUAUUUAGCAUAGAAGAUCUUCCAUUCUUUGUAUGUUUUCAAGUUAUUCUUUGGUAUAGACACUGUUCAGCGCUAGUGAAAUAAAAUUAGAUAACAAUGUUCUGAUUGCACUAGUCUGCUUCCAUAGUAUCCAUAUUUGUUUCUAAGAAAAGUUAUGAGCUUAUUGUUAUUUCCAUUUUCAUCUUUGUCAAUAGAAAUGUUUUAAUACGUCUCAUUUUAAAUGACUUAGAUGAUUACAUGAAGGGCAUGCCAUUUUCCAAGACGGAACUUCACAGCCGUGAAAGAUUGGAAUUGAAGUGCCACUAAAAGAUUUCGAAUACUCAUCUUCUAUAAAGUGUUAAGAAGGACAACGGUGCACAUAUUUCUUGUUAAAAUAGUCAUCUCAUGGGAAGUUUAUCCUCCCUGCUCUCUUGCUGAAAGAUGGAUAGAGAGAACACAAAUGUCGUUGCAAUAUCCAACCAACUACUCUCGUGACAGAAUCUGAACUAUCAUUCUUGUUUAUGAAUUUAAAUAUUUGUUGAGAUGACUGAAUCAUCAAUGUAGGGGAGAAGCUGCUGAUAUUUUGUUAUUUAUUUUCUAGGAGUCUUGUGUCAUGUAUAAAUUGCUUCCUCGUAAGUCUUCUGCUUUUAUUUAGACUCCGAAUAUACAGAUCUACUUGAUAGAAGACAAGAUGCAGUAACUUGGAAAGAAAGACGUUAUAUUCAAAUGAAAGUGGCAAAUAGGCUAUGGGGUUAUGGUUUGGCUCAGUAUGAAACCAUCCUUUUCUGACUUACAUUUCCAUUAUGCAGUUUUUUUUUUAUUAUUGGGUAGCUGUGUAUUUUAUAAGUACAUUCAAAGAAAACAGUAAAUCCGUUGCCAUUGCCGAGUUUCAAAAAAUUAUCUAAAUUUCUAUGCUUUGAAAGGUAUGAUAACUUCAGUGACUAAUUUACGGACACUAACAGGUAAAUUCAAAUGAGUGGUAUUUGGAUACAUCUACUGCUGCUGCUGGACGAUCAAAACUUCUGCACUUUGUGGUGUAUAUUCCUCAUCUAAUGCCCAUGCUCUAUUCUUGCUACAUGCCGUUCCUUCAAAUUUAUUUCUACUUUUCUGUAAUAUCCAUCGAAAAUACGCCUACGGAUAGAUGUUUUUGAUGAGAAUGAAAGAAUUGAACUUGUCUGUAGUUUUAGUGAGGUUUUAAUUAGAAUUUCAUGAAAAUAUGUGACUUAGGUUCAUCAUCUAUCUAUGAUUGGUUUAAUGAAAAUCGGCGAGGAACAAAUGAAUAAUCUAGUCAAGUCCCAAAUAGAAGUCUAUUGUUUAUCAUUUGAUGACUAAGUCUGGCAAACUUUAAAUGGCAGAAUUUGAUGAUGCUGAAAAUCUAGCAUUACUUUCUUCUAUUUUGAAAUCCAAAAUUCUUAUUGCAGUGUUGGACUGCUACUAUAUUUGUUGAAAGUAUGCUUCUAAAUAUGUUCACUAUCUUCAGUUUCUAUUCAGACUAUUUUUAGCUCUAAAUACCUCCCUUUUUAAACAUUCUCGAAUUACAUAGUUAUUUUAUGUUUGUAGGUAUGUUCCAUCUGCCAAAGAGUGCCCUCUUCUUCUGCGUCUUCCAAAUGGUGGGAUAUCCAGGACAAAUGGAUUUAUAUCUCCCGUAAGUGUUCAGAUCUUUCUUUCGGUGACUCCUGAUCUUUGCUUCAUUGAAAUAUCAUUGUUUAAAAUAUUAUAUUGUACAGAUGUGGGGAGGAGUUGUUGUUUGGAAUCCACCAUCAUGCUCAAAUGGAUCAGAAAGUACUGUUCAUCCCGAGGGUAAAAUUCCUCCAAAGGUCAGGAAUGUUACCGGUUUUGGUCGUUGAGAUGUUUCUUCCAGUGGCUAUUCUUCUUUUGUAUGUGCAAUCCUCCAUUUUCUGUUCUGUUUUGUGUUUACGCAAAACACAUUACAGAAACGCCAGGGUUCCUCGAGUAAAGUUUGAAAUGCUUGUCUUUUAGAUCUUGUGAACGGCAGUGCAUAAAAAAUAUCCCCCUGGAAAACAUGUCAAAUGUUCUGUGCCAAACUGAAUUGAAAGCGUUCGAAUUAAUUGAUUGUUUGAGCUUUCAACUCUGUUGAAAGCAAUUCCAUAAACCAAAUCUUUCCUCUCAAGUCUGGAUUCACUGCAUACUAUAUGCAAUUAUACUUAUAAAUUCUCAGGAUACUUAAAAAUCGAAAUUAUCGCGUGAUUUAUUGCCCAGCUCUGUUCAUUUGUCAUAUAUCUUUUUUUUCUUGGAGAUCAGGGAAGUCUAUGUAGGGCCGAAGUGUGCAUCCUGGAUGUUUUCUAUGCUCACAAUGGAAAGAUUAUUAAUUUCACUUUUAGAAAGACAUGCCGAGGAAAAUCGUUAUCUUUUAAGUUUACAUUUACCACAUGGUUGCGUUUUCUAUCUUUAUUGCCUUGAGAGCUCUGGCUUUCACUGUUUUAGUUAACUUAGGAGUGGAUAAUUAUCUGAAGUCACCAGAUACAAAUGCCCCAUUAUGGUAAGAACCUAAAUAACCUGAAAUAGGCAGAAGAGACAAUGUAAUUGUUGAAUCAUGUAAGCUAUUGUCAACGUGCGUGGCGUUAUAAUGUGGCAUAUGAUGGGCUUCUUGAGUGUGCCUAUGAAUUUCACCACUGACAAGAUAUAAUAAGUUAUUGAGAGUUAAAUAUUUCACAUCUUGCUUUUGUCGGCAGUCUUUUUAUGCCAUGAUUUAGUAUAAUUCGCUGCAUUUUCGUAAACAGGAUCUUCAGAAGCUCUUCGAAGUGUUUAUGGGGCAACUUCGGCUACUUUUUGGUAUCAGAUCCGAUAGCGUCCAUGUCGAUCUCGGCAUCUCCAGUUAUUUGACUAGCAAAAAAGGGUUCGCUGAAUGGUGUGCUGCUAACUUUUGUUGAUAGUUUGUAUAGACAUCUUACAAUAAUUGCAUAGCUCUCAAAACACUGCUGUUGUCCUGUUCAUAACCAUAGAUUUCUCGCUGUAAAUUAAAAUGUUUCUUGCUUCUUACUUACUGGUUUGACUUCCUUUGUCGCCUGUCUGGUUGGAGGAUGAACCAAUAGAAUGAUCUAUAAAGCUGGAUCUACUUUGCUGGUAGACAGUUGGCAGGAUAAGAAUUUUUAGUCCUAUCAUCUAGAGGGAUUGAAUGUCUUCUGGCUCUACGUGGGAUUUUCAUUACCAUACAAUCACUCCUAUCUUCUGCCUCUACUUCAACCAUUCAUUUAUUUCUAAUUUAGGAGGUGCAUGACCAUUUUAUUUACUCAGGAAUGAACUGUAGCUAACCGUAGUGAUUUAAUAUUAGAUGGGAUAAACGUGGAUAGUUAAUUUGGUGAUUCCUGAAGGAUGAUUGUGCAAACAUAUUUUUCUGGAGAUUGUACAAACAUAUCUGUGUGUGUAUAUAUAUAUAUAUAUAUCUAAGCACAUGCGGGCAUACAAUCUUGAUGGACACCUAUAUGAUUUAGUCUCUAGACACAGAAAGGGCAUACAUUUAUAGAAUACACCAAAUAGAUAUGUCUAAGAUUCCUUCAGACACAAUGUGGAUUAUGCAAAAAAAGUUUGCCAUCAAGAAUUAUACGUGAGGUGUGUAAUCAAACGUAAAAAAGUUAGUUAUUAUUUUGUUUCCAUUUUUUUGUGUUUAUGAGCAAUUAAAUUGAAUAAUUGUUGUGAUUCUAUGAAUUAUGAUAAUUCAAAAGAACAACAAAAUAAAUGUUCAAGUGCAUAAUGUUUAGCAUGAUCCAAAAUCUUUCCAUGGAUAAAAGAUAAAGAUCAAAACAAGAUUUAAGUUAAUAAAUGAUAAACGCCAUCAUUCCUAUGAUAUGGAUACGAAUAUUUUUAUAGAUGUCAAGACAUCAUCAUGGCUAGCACCUCGAAUCCUUCCUACAUCUUUAGCUUACUAAAAAGAGUGCAGGAAGGAUUGGCAAAAGCUAGUUAAGUCCAACUUCUCGAAUCACUUUUGUUCCCUUUGUGGAACACUCAGAUUUGCUUCAUCCAGCUGAAAGCUGAAGGCUUGCUUGGAAGCUGAGCGCUGAUGAUGUGUGUUAUGUAAUUGUUAGAGUGUGGUACAAGUGGAUAGAACUUCCAUGCCCAUUUGUACCUUAUCUUUUUUCCAUUUUCUUCAAUUUUUGAGUCAACUUUUCUAUUUCUGGCGCAUCUUCUUCAUGAGCAUGUGGCCAGAUCAUUGACGAUUCUGGUUGCCUCUUAAUUCUCUAGCUUACAAGGUUCCUGGGUGCUUAUGGUGCUCAUUCCCUGUCACUCAUUGGUUUCUUCUCUUCUGCAGGGAGUUGGACUUUUUGUCCAGGCACCACGCAUGCUCCAAUCUCCUUUCUUGCGCCAAUACUCUCGAAUCUCUCUCUAAAUUGGUAUUCUUCUACGAUUUUGUUCGCUUCGAAUCCCGUUCUUUGUUGAUUGAUCUAUGUUGACUUGCUGUCUCAGGUUCAAUCCCUACCGAGGAUGAUUGUCAUGCAAGAAAUAGGGAAACAGGUUUGCUGCUCUUUCAUCAUCUUUUCCUUAAAAAAAUGCAGGAAAUGAGGAGUCAUGCCGCCGAACUUAGCAUCUACUUGAUGCCAAUCUAAUCCUUCUCUCUCAGAUCAUGUGAAAACGAUUAAAGUCAACCAUACUCGGUUUCCCUUUAGUGUCUGCUCCCUUUUCAAAACUGUUUAGAGCGAUUUUUUUCAUGUGAAAAUGAUUAAAAUUAGCUAAAAAAAUAGUUUUUUUUUCUGAUUUUUGGGGUGUAAAUGCUCUGUGUUUCUCAGGUGAAGCUUUCCCUUGAAGCAGCAGGUUCAGCCCAAGCAAAUGCCUCCGCAGGAGCCUACGAUGCUUCAGCUGGUAGACCACUUGAAAGAGCUCGAUCCAUUGAAAUCCUCAAACCCAAAGAUCCAAAUUUUCACUCUCUUCUAUUUUCGGGUGCCGUCUCAGAGUCAUCCAGGAGGGCGAGAGCAUUGGCAGAAGACGCCUUCUUCCACCCCUCCAUCAUGUCGAUCAGCUACUCCUCUCUGGAGCACUACUUCGCCAUAUACAUGGUCAUUAAAGGCUCUCACCUUCUCUCUCUCUCUCUCUCUCUCUCUCUCUCUCUCUCUCUCUCUCUCGGGAUUUCGUUCAAAUAUACAGUGGUUGCUGACUUUCUGAGCUUCCCUCUCCACUUGACAGCCCUUCUUUGCUCCGGUCUCUCUCCACGUCCUCCUGGCGGCUCUGAAGGAGCUUAGACGGUACAGGGCGGAACGGGCCAAGCAUCUCCUCCACAAGUCCUAA